AUGGGAGUUCGUUCAUUUUCCUCAUGGUGUGUCGGAGCUGGUUCUCAUUCGCUCCUCCGCUCUGUACCUCCUCCGUUAACCGCCACAGCUCCCGAGGGUGUAGACCUGAUGGCCACUUGGAUGCUGCCCUGUAAACCGGGCUUGCAUGCACCCAUUUCCUUGGCCCUACCGAAGGCGUCAGCAACGGCCCUGGGGCCGGCGUCAACGGCAGCCUUCGCAAGAAGCCAGCCUCGUCCCGCCAACAGUUACCUCGACCUCUGCGUGGCAGACUCGGCAGCACCGGGCACCUUGAGCAGCGGCACGGUUAGCGACGGUUUCGGUCGUAGCGCCAGUACAGCCACCCUUGACCUCGUCGUCAAGCCGACAUCAGGAAAGGCGAUGCCUGGCACUUCUGCCGGGCAGACGUCAAAACUGGCCUCUUCUUCAUCAGUGGCCGCUUAUGCGGUGGCUGCCAAUUCUCACAGCAUCAUCACCAACAGGAACAACGGUACAGUUGCGUCGAACGCCAUCAUCUCGGAUAAUUGUGACUUUUCUCAUCCGCCCGACCUUCAACUCACUCGCUCCACCGAAUUGACCUCCGAUCGUCAAAUACGAAGUGGGGCUCAAGCCUACGGUUUGGCAUCAGCGUGGCCAGCCUCUUCACAUUCCUCACUCUCCGCUUCUGUAUCUCGGUCUUCCUUGUUGUUAGGCGGCAUCGCGACCAGCUCGACAUCUGCCGCCACAACAGUCGUGCCGGCACUCCGGCAUCCGGAAGAGCACCUCCAUCCGGAGCGAGUCGAGCUGUCUCGCACCGAGGACGUCAGAAUGGAGGAGACGUCCUUGCUGUUGGAGGACGAUGAGGCGCCGUUGGACACUGAAGAUGAAGAGGUCUGUCGUCUGAUGGCCAACGAACCGGUUCAAGAGAGCUCUGUUGUCGGCAGCGCUGCCAAGUACAGCACGGAAAAUAUCACCGCGGCGUCUGGAAAGUAUGGUUAUGAGCUGUUGAUGCCGCCGAUGGGCUGUCGGACAAGCCAGGAGCACCGCAGCGCCCACGAGGCUCAGGAUGCUUGGUUAACCGUGGCCACAUUGACAGAGCCGAGCUCUCAGUAA